CUCGCUUGUUUUUCUCGCGUAAUCUGGCAACAUUGAGUUCCUGGCCUUACGAGUCAACAUCAGCUUCCUGAGCUCCGUUUCAAACACGCAGCUGGGCAAAAAUGCUGGUCCUUGUGUUAGGUGACCUUCACAUUCCCCACCGAUGCAACACCCUGCCUGCCAAAUUCAAGAAGUUGCUAGUGCCUGGCAAGAUUCAGCACAUCCUCUGCACGGGAAACCUUUGCACAAAGGAGAGCUACGACUACCUGAAAACACUCGCUGGAGACGUGCACAUUGUCAGAGGAGACUUCGAUGAGAACUUGAAUUAUCCGGAGCAGAAGGUGGUGACGGUGGGGCAGUUUAAAAUCGGCCUGAUCCACGGACACCAAGUGAUCCCGUGGGGCGACAUGGCGAGCUUGGCGCUGCUUCAAAGGCAGCUGGAUGUGGAUAUCCUCAUUUCUGGUCACACACACAAAUUUGAGGCUUUUGAGAAUGAAAAUAAAUUUUAUAUAAACCCCGGAUCUGCCACAGGGGCCUAUAGCGCACUGGAAAGCAACAUCACACCAUCGUUUGUUUUGAUGGACAUUCAAGCAUCUACGGUGGUAACGUAUGUCUAUCAGCUCAUCGGAGACGACGUCAAAGUCGAGAGAAUCGAAUACAAAAAGUCUUAGAGAGCGCGGAUACUCUCAGCUGCCUUCUUUCAGGAUGCUAAUCUUGUCAUUCCCUCUCACCUGAACGUCACGAAUGCUGUAUCAUAACGUUACGCUAUAUUUUAAUGUAAUAUAUAAUACUGUUUAUAUGUCACCAGAAUGUCAGCGUUGUGGUUUCAGCAGAUGGUUGUUGAGGAUGCAAUAAUGCUGCAUUAUUUGCAUAAUGUUAGUGCGAAUUAGUCUUCUAAAUAUGUUAUGUGCCCUAUUAAUUUUUUCAAGGCCCUUGUUAAGUCAUCUUUCAUAAAAUAAAACCCCACAUCACAUGA